UUGCUGUAUGUGUACGAGCUGGCUGGAGCAGGCAGGGUCCGGCGGGCAGCGAGCUGAACCCCUCUCGCCGGAGCCUCAGGGAUGGCUCCAGCCUCCGGGUGCCGGAAUUCCCACCUCUAUUACUACAGCAUCAAAUUUGCUCUGUCCACCUAUGCCACUCUCUUCUCGAUCCUUGGCCUCACGAUCUUGUGCGUUGGGAUUUACGCCGAAGUGGAGAGGCAAAAGCACAAGACCUUGGAAGGGAUCUUCCUGGCUCCAGCCAUCAUCCUCCUGCUGCUGGGCUUCAUCAUGUUUGGGGUCUCCUUCGUUGGCAUGGUGGGGAGCCUCAGGGACAACCGGACGCUGCUCAAGACGUUCUUCUGGGUUCUUCUGGUGAUCUUCCUCAUGGAGCUGCUGCUGCUGUUCAUUGAAAUCAUCUUUGAAAACAAGAUGAAUGCAGUUUUCCACUCCAACAUCCAAGCGGGCAUCAGGCACUAUUACGAUGACCUUGACUUCAAGAACAUCUUGGAUUUUGUACAAGAAAAGUUUUCUUGCUGUGGUGGGGAUGAGUACCGAGACUGGGAGGUUAACCAGUAUCACUCCUGCAAUGGCAGUGGGCUGCUGGCAUGUGGGGUGCCCUACACAUGCUGUAUCAGGAAGGUCCCUGGAGAAGUCAUUAACACCCUGUGUGGAUACAGGACACUUAAUAAAGAGCGCCUGGAGCUGCUCGACAUCAUCCAUGUGCGAGGCUGCAUCCACGCUGUUGGGCUCUGGCUCAAAGACAACUUUGAGGCCACUUUGGGCAUCGUUUUCUCCCUGCUGCUUCCUCAGGUGGUCGGCCUCGUGAUGGCUUGGCUGUAUUGGCAAAAGCUCAACGAGAUCUACUCCAAGCUGGACACUGUUGAUUUCAAGAUCCUGGAGAUGCAGGAUUUCAGCUUUGGGGCCGUGGAUCUCAGCGGUGCGGGCUGGUGCUGGUGCUUGCCCAAGGAAGGGGGCUAUAUUCCCAUCAAUGCUGAGGAUGAGGAAGACAAGGAGAAAGAAGGCACCAUCUGCCAAAGCAAAGUGUGAGAAAGUGGAAAACUUGGAGCACAGCUCUUAGGAAGGUGGAGAAUGUUGAACAUGGACAUCAUCAUAUUUAUCUUCUCAGGUUCAGGAGAUAGUGACACUGGAAGGUUAUCAAAACUGCAAUGCACUGUGCGGGCACGUGAGCUUGCCAGGGUCCUUUUACUACCUUCACCUUUUGAAGCAUUUCUAUAUCUCUUUAUUGGGUUUUUUGGGGUUUUUUACACAAUAAAUGUAACUUGUGUUGUGUUUUGCAAA